AUGGCGUUCAGAGGGAAAGAGAUGGUGAAGAAAAUUCUAAAGACGGUGGGAGAGAAUGGUUUGAGUCGAAGAGAAAAGGAAUCGUUGGAGAAAUGCAUGCCUCGAAGCAAGGUUGUGAUGAAUCGCGCCAAACGCGGUCUCUUUGCGGGGCGACAUAUUCAGUUUGGGAAUCGUGUCAGUGAAGAUGGCGGUAACAAGACAAGGAGAACCUGGAAACCAAAUGUCCAGGAAAAGCGGCUCUUCAGUUAUAUCCUUGAUCGUCACGUUCGUGUUAAAGUCACCACCCAUGCCAUUCGAUGCAUAGACAAGGCAGGUGGGAUUGAUGAGUACUUGCUCAAAACUCCUUAUCACAAAAUGGACACUGAAAUGGGUAUUCUCUGGAAGGCAAAAAUUGAGAAAUUGUAUGAAGAGCUAGGCAAUAAGGAGGUCGUAUUCUUUUCACUUGAGGAUGAAGCGAAGUUUGAGCAGGACUUCAAAGAUUUGAAACUAUCUGAAAGGGAAGCACGAAAGGAGAUCAGAAGAAAAAUGUACACUGGGAUGAGCAAGCACAAGCUAAUCGAGGUAGAACAUAAAGACGAUCAAUCUAUUGUCGAGAAAGGCAAUAAGAUUGAGGAGGAAAUUUCGCAUGAUUCAUCAAAACAGGUGGUUCCUGUCUCGUAUGUCUUAGCUGCUGACAAGCUCAAAGUUGGAAGUAUUAUUUCUAACUGA